UAGAGAUACGUUAUAACCUUCACUCCCACCAGAGCCUCAUGGAGCGUUACGAGUCUCUGGGUCUGGUCGGGGAGGGCAGUUAUGGCACCGUGCUGAAGUGUCGUCACAGAGAGUCCGGCCGCCUCGUCGCCAUCAAGAAGUUCAUGGACUCUGACGAUGACAAGACAGUGAAGAAGAUCGCUCUGAGGGAAAUCAAGCUGCUGAGGCAACUGCGUCACGACAACCUGGUGAACCUUCUAGAAGUGUGGAAGCGCCGCCGUCGCUGGUAUCUGGUGUUCGAAUUUGUUGAGCGAACGCUCCUGGAUGACUUGGAGAAAAACCCGAACGGACUCGACCUGAACACCAGCCGUCAGUACCUGUACCAGAUCCUGAGGGCUGUAGCCUUCUGUCAUCAACAAAAUAUUAUACACCGUGACAUCAAACCAGAGAACAUACUUAUCUCUCAGGGAGACCUGAUCAAGCUGUGUGACUUUGGUUUUGCCCGGACAAUGACUACACCCACUGACGGGGGCGUCUACACUGACUAUGUGGCCACCCGUUGGUACAGAGCCCCUGAAUUGCUAGUGGGAGACACCAAGUAUGGCAAACCAGUUGAUGUGUGGGCCGUUGGUUGUCUGCUUUUAGAGAUGUUAACAGGUCAGCCUCUGUUUCCCGGAGACUCUGACCUUGAUCAAAUAUUCCACAUCGUCAGGUGCUUCGGUAAUCUGACAGCUCAUCACCAGGAGUUGUUCUACAGGAAUCCCGUUUUUUCUGGUGUCCGACUGCCCCAAUGUUCUGGCAGAGUCCCACUGGGGCAGCGCUUCCCUUUAAUUGCAACCAGUGCCCUGGAUAUUGCACAGAAUUGUCUCCAGAUGGAUCCAGAAAGCAGGGCUCACUGUUCAGAACUUCUUGAUCACCCUCUGUUCACUCAAGACUCUUUCAACAUCAGGUUUUUGGAUGAGUUGAAUGCUAAAAUCCAAAAAGACCACAGAGAAAACUCUACACUUCCUAUAAUAGGAAAAACCCAAAGACGGGAAAAGGAUGAAAUACAUGGCAAGAACCAAAGACGCAAAGACAAAAAACAGUCUGAAGACUCAGAGGAGAAAUUCAACAUGGAAAAGGAGGAAAGAGACAAAGGGGACAGAGAUGACAAGUUACCCAAAACAAAAGCCAAGCAACCUUCAAAGCCGAAACACAUUCACAACACCUCAGAACCUUUGAUGUCCACCAAACAAUCCAAAACAUCAGGUGCCAAGACUUUUGAUAAUGCAGCUAAGAUCACCAAAGUCGACCAUGGCCAAACUGCCAUGAGAAGUAAACUUGGAAAGGCCAUUGGUGUAGAAUUGAGAAAGGAACCUGAGAUUUGUAAACCAACUAAAACCCGUACGUCUGAUUCAUUGGAGGCUUCAAAGACUGCAACAGAUCUGAAUAACCAAGUAGAUACCAAACCUAAACAUGUGAAAGUUUCUUCUUUGGGGCCAAGAGACGGCCAUUUGAAACAAGUAGAAACCAAAACAACAAAUUCAACUAGCUUGCACUUCGGUUGCUCAAACAACAAUGUGUUAAGUGUGGCUGAUAAAAGUACAAUAGAGUCGCAGACGUCAUCCAAAUUGGAGUCAAGUCAAGACUUUCGGAAAAGCAAGAACAACUCAAACACAAGAGUACUCAAAUUGCCUAAAAGCUCAACUACUGAUCUUCCAACUAAGCGUUCUUCUCCAAAAUCUUCUUUGAAAGCAACCAUUUAUCGUACAGACACAGACUUAACCCAGAGAAAGGGUCAAAUUUCCAUUUCUGAAUACCCUGAAGGUCCUGAAACAGCCACAACUUGUAAAAUGUCAAACAGUGGCCAAGUACAGACAAACUUCAGUAUGAAAGUAGUGGAGGUCACUACCCGAAGUAUCCCUUCUGUCCCCAAGCCAUGCAAGACAACUACUUCUUCAAAUCAUCUGAUGGAUUGUUCAAACAUGGACACAGAGCAACGACUGACCUCUAAAUGUCCAAAAGUCCUACCUUCAGCCACAAAGCCAUCUAAGACCACUUCAAAGUCUGGCCCCAGAAUUGCAAAAGAAAACACAUCAUUGUCCAACAGUCCCUCAGAGAGUUUUACCUCAGAUCUUUCAGCACAGUCCUCCACAGUUUUCAUCGGAGGAAGUCUUCCUAAUGGUACCAUAUUACCCAAAGCAAACCUCCAAAUUGGCUCAUCCUUGGAUACUAAACCUUCAAAUGACACCCCAUGUCUACCCAACAAACCUUCGACUGAACUUCAAACAAACAAGGACCUUGGGGAAGUAUUGAUUGCAACCACAACUCAGCAGUACAGUUGUUACACGUCAAAAGAGGACAUCGAGGAAAACAAUGGACACUUUACAAGGAGCCCUGUGACCAAAACUGCUGAAAAACACAUUGAGACACUUGAUGUUUUAAGUGAGGAUUACCAGGAGAAUCCUGAAUAUGACGAGGCCCGUAGCAUCAACCAACAAGGCAGUUCUAAGUCAAACAUUACCAAAGAAUCCAGAUCAUCCUUUUCCUUGAAUGAAAUACCGAAAACCAAAACACCGUUGGCUACAAUUGUUCCAAAAACAUUUAAAGUUUCAGAUAAAGAGAACAGUGAGGAAUUAUCACUCUCUGCACCGAACAGCCCAUCGACCAAGUCUUUUAUAGACCAAAUCCCAAAGGUUGCUAGAAACCCACAUUUUGAGCAGACAGAACAUAAUGUAAAGUCCUUGAGACCCCUGCACUCCGAAUCUUUGAUCGGGGGAUCAAAAUCAAAGAUUGGGUCUUUUAGCAACCCCACCAAGUCGCCCACAACAAUGGCCCCAAAGACUCAAAUAAAUACGCCUCCAAGGAAUAAAAGAGGCAUCUCAGAAAGGAACGACCCAAUGAAUGCAUCCACAACCUCAGAAUCAACUUCACUCACCUCCACUGCAACUCCAGACCGAGAUGCUUCGACAGGGAUCUUCCACAACAUGUACACCAUAGAUGUUAACAAAUUCAAUUUCAAUGUUUCCCAUUCCUCUCCGCCUCCUCCACCACCUCCUCCCUCCUCCACUCCUCAACUCCUCCCUCCAUCCUCCACACCCCUCAUUCCCUCCACACCCCUCAUUCCCUCCAUCUCCAUUGUCAGUGCCCCCAACUCUGCCGCCAGCGAUCACUUUACCCUGGGGGCGGAUUUCCAUUCUGGGACCAACAACCUUAGGUACUGAACUUCUCACAAUGCAUUAGACUAGAGCACAGCACUAGAGCUAGAAAUUAAGAACUCUUGCCGGAUUGGCAAGAACCAAAAUGCUAGUAAGCCUUAGGGCUUUAGGCCUAUGGGCAAUAUUCAGAUCUCAAAGAUACUUAAUACCAUUUGUCUAAACAUUUUUAUGGUGCCAUUUUGGA